GCCGACGAAAACCUUGGGUUACUAAAGUAAAUUGGAUAUUCGAUUUUACUUAGAACUUACAUGGAUUAUUAAUUUUAAUUAAAGGUACUAAAGAGAAAGGUGCUUUGUUGUGGGUGGAGGAUGCCGGAAGUCCCCUGUGAUUAACUGAUGGUAGUAGACAUGCGCAUUGUCGUGAUAAAUGUUGUCUCAAAUGCAACAACCCGUGGAACGUGGUUACAUACCCGUUAUAUAACGUCCAAAAUGCCCGGGAAAAGGUGUCUGUAAUAACAGUGUAUUAUACAUGUACAGUAAUAAUACAACAACUGUAGUUUGUCAUCUUGAAAGAGAUUGAUCUUUGGAUAAAAAAACAUUAAUAGCUUUGACUGCAAAGCUUAGUUUUAUUUUAACUUGUGUUAUUGAAUAAGAAGACCCACUCAAAUAAGUGGUGUAUGAUUUACUAAAAUGUCUACCUCUGCAAGUGGUACUAGGACUUCUUCGAGAAGAUCGGCGAUGUCCAGAAAAUGUAAAGAACACCUAGAAGAAGAUAAUUCAUCAACUGGAAUUAGUGGCACUGAGGUUACUUUAGCAUCAAAACUACGUAAACGAAUGUUGACAGAUCUGAAUAUGAAUGAAAUUAAGAGUGAAUCUCGUGGGAAAAACACCACAACACUGGAUACUGAAUCUCAAAAUAUUUGUUCUAAAAAGAGUAAGAGGUUAGAAGCUACCAGUGCUGUAAAUCAGGGUUCUUCAAAAUCAUUAGGCCUACAAAUUGCUGGACAAAAGACAGAUUUUAUUUGUAAUUUUGAGAGCCGUAAAUCAGAUUUUGUUGUGAAAAAUUCAGUUUCUUCCUUAAUGAGUAAAAGUAUGAAUAUGUUCCAUUUGUUGUAUAAAACAAAUUAUGGAAUGCAAAUAUCACCAAAACAAAAACAUACCUUGACAAACCCAGUUGUAAAUCAGCUGUCUGAAUUUGGACUUUGUCGCUGUGCCACUCCAUUUGAUAGACGAACAACAGCAAUGGAAUGGCAUCCAUCCAAUCCCAAUAUAUUAGCAGUUGGGUCGAAAGGAGGCGAUAUUAUACUGUGGGAUUCUAGUACAAUUACGAACGAUAAAUUUAUUGGAGGAGAUGGAGCAGGAGGAUCUAUUCAAGCCAUGAAAUUCUGGCCUUGGAAUAAUUCUUUUCUCUGCACUGCAUCCAUUAAUGGAAAACUUACAUUACAUGAUUUUGAAGGUCGUCAUGGUCAAAUAUUAUCCGAUACUAUGAAUUGUAUGGAUUUUUGGUAUUGUUCGUUAGAUGUUAGUUCGUCUCACAGUGCCGUACUGACAGGUGACAAUGUGGGUAAUAUUUUGUGUUUAUCAGAAAAAGGACAAAAGGUUUGGAAUAAGAAAUUACACAAGCAGAAAGUAACACAUGUGGAGUUUUCACCUCGAGAAAAUUGGUUAUUUUGUUCAGCAUCAGUUGAUCAUACUGUACGACUGUGGGACAUUAGAAUGAUCAAGGAUAACAAAAGUAGCCUCGCUGUUCUUCAACAUAAUAAGGGAGUUAACUCCGCCUAUUUUAGCCUGACAAAUGGCUGCCGUCUUUUGACCACCGAUCAACACAGUGAUAUAAAAAUAUUCAGUGCCCCUGAAUGGAGAUUGGAAAGAACCGUACACCAUCCUCACCGAUUCUUUCAACAUAUAACCCCUAUAAAGGCGUCAUGGCAUCCAUUACAAGAUCUAAUUGUUGUCGGUCGUUAUCCUGAUCAGAAUUUCCCAGGAUAUAAAUCUGGCGAACGAAGAACCAUCGAUAUAAUUGAUUCCGAAACAGGAGAGGUUGUCACAAAACUUUUUGACCCAAGUGCUCCAGGAAUAGUGUCUUUAAACAAAUUCAACCACAGUGGUGAGGCACUGGCUUCAGGAAUGGGCGUGAAUAUUUUGCUGUGGAAUAGAAAAGAACUCAUUGCUCAAAAACAGGAAAAAUUAAAAGAAAAAAUGACAGAUUUUAAAUCCAAUGCUUUGGGCAUAGGGAACAAUGAUCCGUCCAAAAAACGGACAAAAACUGACAAAAAAACAAAAACUGAUUCUAAAACCAAGCUUAGUACAAAAUUGAAAAAUUCAUCACAGAAGAGUAACACUAAAAAGAAAUAGGGCCUUAGAAUUUUAGAGUUAUGUGUAUUUCAGAAUCUGUCCCCAAAACUACUAGAAAAAACGGCGCUAAUGCACUUUUGUACACCUAGCACUUGCCGUGGUACCGCAGCUUGUUAUAUUCGUAAGAACAGCUACUCAACAAAAUGACGAAAAUUGUUACUAUUAUAUAUGAUCAGUGAUGGUAGGAAGCUUGGUUGGUGUUCAGCAAGUCAUAAUAGUGUCUUGGUAUGGUAUUUGAGUCUCAAUAGUAAAAAGCAUGGCCGCACGACGAGCUCUGUGUACCAGAAAAUGGGAGAAGUGCAAGUUGUGUAAAAUCAAAAGUUAUUGACCCGAUUCGUCUGAAAUUUGGUGUGAGAUCAUAGUUAACAACCUGGAACACCCUCAGCAAAUUUCAAGUCUCUACGACCACAGGACAGCAAGUACUAGGUGUACGAAAGUACAUUAGCGCCGAAAAACCCUGUCUUUAAUCAUUGAUUUCUGCAGGUACAAUAAGAUAAUCUGGGUUGGAUUAAAGCAAGUGCUAAUAUAAUGGAGGAUUUGUGGCGUGUUUUCUUCACUGUUCAGCUAACAAAGGUUCCAGGGCACUGUUUCUCGAAAUGUUAACUUAAGAUAAAAUCCAAAUUUUAGUAGAAACUUCAAUUUUGAUUGGCUAAGCACUAAAAUCAAUCUAAUAUUAUCCAAUCAAAUUACUCAAAUUUGGAUUUUAUCUUUGUUAAAAUUUCGUGAAACAGACCCCAGUUGGUUUUCAUACAUUGUUCAUAUUGAUGUCAUAUUGUAGAUAUACGAAGUUCCCAUUAAUUAUUGUAGUAAACAAUUAACUCCAACUGCUAAAACUCUUAACCUUAAAACCCAGUGUUCAUAAAAGUUAAAGCCAUUAGUUCUGCAGUAACCGAGUAGAAGCAGUGAAUAAGAAUUGAUCCAUCAUGUAGCUUUCAAGCAUCUAGUGUAGGAUCCUUGAAAAUGCAACUUUUGCUGCAUGUACUAGGUUGAAUUGGCACUGCAGGAAAUGUGAACAUACAUAUACAUGUAUAUAGCCAACAUAUUUUACAAAGCAUAAUAAAUAAUAAAUUCAG